AUAGAAACCCCUGACUGUUUCCCCCCUUACUCUACCUCACCGCACAGCUGAUCAAAUGUCAAUUGUCAAGAAAAUGGAGUUUUGUUACGCAUAAUAAAAUAUGAUAAAUGUUUCAAUAUGAAAUCAAAAUACAUAAUUCUGAAAAUCUGUCGGGGUUAGAAUGGAAAAUUCAACUCCAUUUCAACCUUGGACAACUGAAGAUAGUUCGAAAAAUAUUACAACUGAAAGAGAAUUAGUGGAUGACGCGAAACUUCAUCGGGAAAAUGUCAAUCAUCCAAAACAUAGGCAAACUGCGUCUUACGAUAAAGAAAGUGUCGUCGCUCCUAGUGCCGUUCCUGGACCAUCGACUGCCGCUGGUGCCGGUAUUAGUCCAGUCGGUGGUAACGUCUCCAAGAUGGACUCCAGCAAAAUAGCUUCCAUGCAGCAAAUUGUCGAGAACACUCUCAGCCAAGAAGGUCGACAAAGAGUGUCUCAGCUGUUAGAGGCAGUGGAGGCUCUGAGUGGAGCGGAGAGACUUUUGCUUUAUCUCCGUCUACCGACUGGUGUACCUCCACAUGACCCUCUCAAGCAGCCUAUCAAUCCUUUAGGAUCCAGAGCUGAAUUGCAACAAACCGUUACAUGGAUACAGACACAUUUAGAAGUGGAUCCUGAUGUUUCAUUGCCUAAACAGGAUGUUUAUGAUGAAUACAUAGCUCAUUGUAUGAGUAGCAACAUGAAGCCCUUAUCGACUGCCGACUUCGGCAAAGUAAUGAAACAAGUUUAUCCUACCGUACGUCCACGUCGGCUUGGAACUCGUGGCAAUUCAAGAUAUUGUUACGCUGGUCUUCGUAAAAAAGUUAAACUUGAAGUACCACAAUUACCCGCCUUGAAUGAAACAUCUAAGGAGCCAAGUGGAACUAUGAAGGAAAGUGAAAGAAUUGUGUGCGAUUGGGCUGAAAGUAAAUUCGGCAUGAAGUUUUUGAAUAUAUCUGAGCUGUCAAGGCACCUGGUUUCUAAGAGCAUUACUCCCCGAGCAUCAUUAGGACCUGCUAGCACCUCCCCGCCGCCGCUAGCUUCUAUUCACGGUCCGCCGGAAGAAGUAUCGGGACCUCAAAUAAUGAAGCAACAAUUGAAACGAAAGUUACAAACGCAGGGAACCCCCGGGCGACCGAAAAAGAACAAGGCACAGGAGAUCGCCGGCGAAUCACCGCCGUCCACUUCGUACGUGAGCCAACACCCGCCCGUGAAACAUGAAAGCGAAGUAGUGUCCGAGCCUGCGUAUGUAUAUCAACAAGCCUACGUACCCGUGUACGACGUACGGCCGACCUUCCCGUACAGCGAGCCCCCGCGUGCGCAUCCCCCACACCCCUCUCAUCCGACGCACCCGCCCCCUGCGCCGCACCCACCCAUGUCCGUACACGAGUACCGCCCCGACCCCUACGUCUUCGACCCGCCAUACGCGCACCGGGACAUCUCCGCCCCUUCCGACGUCGCUCACAACCUUCCGAUCAAUCUUAGCAGCGACGCCUCCCUUGACCUUUCGACCGAGCGAACUGAGUGGCAGAGACGCCGGCCCCCCGACCCGCCAGUAACCCGCCUCCCUCUACCCGGGAAGAAGCUGAUACUGGAGACGUAUCAGAGCGAAACGCAAGCCAGCUCGCCACGGUCCUCGCAGAUUGACACGCGCACGGUGAGCCAACCCUCCGAGGAGUUUCCGCGCAGCGAGUAUUUGCCGAAGAAAAUGAGAGCGGCGGAAAUACUUGGUGGAAAGCUAGCCGCUGCGCGCCAGCCGCUAGCCAGCGCCGACCCAGUAUCCUCGACCGCCUCAGUCGCCGUGGAGCCGUCGGUUCGUCCAGAGGUUGCUUUUUUAGAGGAUCCAAAAAACUUAACGAGCCGGUCCAAAAGCACCGCCGCGGCGCUGGCCCGGGAGGAACAGGAGGCGGCGAGUCCGACACGGUCGGUGAAGGCUCCGACGCCCAAGUGUGAUCGCAAUAAAAUCCGAAAAUUUUGCGGUCGUAGGAAAGGAUUAUCUCCAGAUAGGACAGAGCAACAAAAACGCCCCGCGACGCCCGAUUCCUGUUGUGGUCUAGACGGUAUAAAUAUUAAAACAGGAAUGAUUUGUGAAGAGAAACAUUCAGAGAUUUUGAAUCGAGAACGGGUUAUCAGCAUCUGUAAUAUCGAUAAACACGAUCUGGAUGAUUAUCUUAAUGAAGGAAAUAGUCAGGAGCACGAGGAAGAGCUAUUACAAUAUUUUCAUCAGCGCGACAUUGAUUACGACGCGACGGCAGAUUCGAAUACAACUGAAAAUCCAGUUACUUUUUUAGAAACAGGCCAGGACCCACACGACGAGCACAGCCAAGGGAAAAAUGAAAAAAUAUCACAACUGCGUGAAUUACUAGCUAAAAAUUUAAAGAAUCAUACACAAAGUGGGUCCACGUCUCAGAACGUAAUAAAUAGUCAUCAAGAACCCCAAGCACCCAUUGAUAACAACCACGAAGUUCAUAUCACAAAAACUCCGAUUUCUGAAGGGGCAUUUAAGCCAGUUGGUAAUAUUACAGAAAUCGUAAAUGGUACUACUUUAUCAAAGGAACACGAAGUCGAUAUAAGUAAAAACUGUGAUACAAUAUUAAAUGAAAAUGGGAUUUCUCUUAAUCGUCCUACAGAAAAUAAUCAUAGCCAGCUAAUAAGCUCCUCUGGAUCUCAUCUUUAUAAUGGUAAUGGCCACAACGAACCGCAAAGUCCGACCACUAGAACCCAACAAUACGAUUUUGUACCAAUUUCAGAUGGGUGCCAUUCACCUGGAAAUUUUAACUCAAAAUCUCCUCUCAGCUUUGGGCAUAGAGGUCACAGCCCUUCAAAACUGAAUAAAACUAUAAUAUUAGGUGGAUCCUUACAAACAUCACCUAUAUCACAUAGUACGGCCGCUAGCCCAUUUGUUAGUCCAAGAAAUACACCAGUGCCACGGUCGCGUUAUUGUUCUCGACCCAUACCGAAACACAACGGCAGAAAAAAACGAAAUCUUCUAACGUUAGGCGUAGGUGACCAUUGUUCGAAACCGUUUGCCAUACCAAAUGAUCAAAAGUUUAUAACUUCUAAAGCUUCCAUGUGCGGACCAAGUAUCAAGUAUUGUCAACCGAUGUCGGCACCGCCAUCACCAAAUAUCCUUUCAAAUUAUAAACAGCAAUUAGUACAAAAUACAACGAUUUCAAAUGGUACAAAUAAUGUAUGUUUGAAUUUCGUACCAAACGUAUUUCGAGAUAAUAUGAACGGUGAAUUGUCUCAGCCAUUAUCAGCAGAUCCUUUAUCAAGUGAAGUUAGUAGAUUUUUUCAAGAACCAGUGUCUAAUUAUAGAUUAAGUCACGAUGCUUCGUUCAGAUCACAAUCUGUUCCACUUAAGCAAGCAACAAUGAAUAUUGGCUUAUUGAGCUACAAUAACACCCCUGUAGGAUCAGUGCCGCCAACACCUGUACCAAAUGAGUUUUGUGAUUUCGGUUCUCUAGCCGACACGUGUGAUAUAUCAAAGGCUGGUCUUAAUCCUGAAACACUAGAUAAAAUAUAUGAUGCUAUUGAUAGUAGUAACGAUGUACUUAAUGCCGAAACAUCAGCGAAUAUUUUGGAAACUAAUGAUACCCUAACAAAUGGUUGUGACUCUUUGCCUAAUCAACAAAUUUUAACUGAGGAACAAUUGAAUUCUUUUAUUCCGACUAGCGGUGCACUAAUCGAUAGAAAUUCUCAAUUUAGCGAAUCUUUUCCCAAUGAUACAUGUGAUGACGUCGAAGAGUUUUUAAAACGAACGAACAGAAUAGAAUUCGAUGUAACCGAAUUAGUUACUGAAAAGAAUAAAUACUAUACGUCCCGGUCAGUACCUAGUACUCCGCUACCAUAUAAGCGUACAGCCCCGAAUUUACAAAUCGACUCUCGUCGUUCUAGAGAGUUGUUUCCAACUGAAAACUAUUCGGAUGUAUCCAACGGUAUAUCUUCAAAAUCUGUACCAUCGACUCCACAAUUACCUGAAGAUAGAAGUGUUUUUAGCUAUAGUAAUAGAGAUUUCCUUAUAAAUGGAAAUUCCGUCGAUAUAUGUAAUUCUAAUCAAAUGCAAUCUGUUGUUGAAAAUGAUCAAGGGCUUACUUCUCCGCUUGAUAUUUUGCGUGAAGACAUUCUAGAUCCGUUAGCUCCAGCUGCCGAUUUGUUAGCUGACCUCGACAAGAUAGAUGGAACACCCUAUGUUGACCUCUAGUCGACCAAUUGAUUAUCAACAGUUAGAAAUAAGACUAGAUUCAAUAUUUUGUACAGUUAGAUAUCGGAUAUUGGAUAUCGUUAUAGAGUACAAUAUUUUAUAUGCCUUCAGUGAAGGUGAAGUUAUUUCAGCAUGUAGUUUGAAAUGUGAAUCGCACACUCCCAACAACAUGAGUCAAUAUAAUGCACCACAAUAAUGUGAUAGGAUAUGUUAUAUCUCCAUAGUAGAAUAAGGAAUAACAACAAUGAAUGAGAUUCAGUUCAUAUAUUUAUAAUUUACAUUAAUCUGGUUUCCCUCAAGUUCUUUCAGAAGG